AUGCACCUCAUGGGCGGGGAUCCGCCCAUUGCGGGCGAGCAGCGUGCCUCCUCUCCCUGCCAGGCGCUGCUUGCACAGUCACGAAGCAUGCACGCUGCGUUCCUCUGCCGCGCCGCUAUCCCCGCCUCGCAUGCGCGCCCGGCCGCCGGGCCCGCGCGCCGUCUCUUUUCCGGGCUCCCCCCGCCGAACCGGCCGGCUCCCAUGAGUGUCCUGCGCCCAGCCGCCAUGGCCAUGGCCGGUGACCGCUGGUCGGAUUCCAGCACCUGCCCUGCCCGCCAUGUGGCGACCAUUGCUCCCCCCCCAAGCCUGGCUCGGCUUGGACUUCGGCACUUCCACCGCACGGCCGUCCCCCUGGCCCCGGGGCUGCCCGGGACCCCGGCCGCGGCCGCGGCCGCGACUUCUUCCACCCCAACCGCCGGCUCCGGGCCUCGAUCCCUCUCUCCGGCCAGCCCGGCAACCGGGCCCUCCUCGCAGGCGGCCGGCUCGCUGGAGGAGGAGCUCCUCCGACUGAGCCAGCGCUCCGGGCUGGACUUCAACAGCCCGCGGGUGGCCUUCGCCAGCAAGACCGACCUGGAGGUCCUGCGCGGGUUCACCGUAUACCGGCUGUCCUCGAUCGGGUGGCUGGUGCGCGUGUCGGAUCGGCUGCUGCGGCUCUCCUACCGGGUCCUGGGUGCCGGGCUGACGGAGGCCCUCCUGCGGUUGACCUUCUUCGGACAGUUUUGCGCGGGCGUCGACGCGGCCGAAACCGAGACCGUCAUUCGGCGCCUGCGUGCCGCCGGUGUCGGGGCCAUUCUCGACUAUGCGGCCGAGGCGGAUGCCGAGGCUUCGGCCGCCGUGGCCAAGGGGGCCGGCGCGGCUGGCAGCGCCAGCAUCCCCGGCGACUUUGCCCCGCACCCGGAUGAGGCGGGCUUCGAUGCGGAUGUGCAAAACUUCCUGGCUUGCAUUGCGUCGGCGGCCGAGAUGCAACGGUCCUCGGGCUCUUCGUGCUCCUUCACCGCGGUCAAGAUGACGGCCAUGGCCCGGCCGGAUAUCCUGCGCUCGGCGUCCGACACCCUGGUGGCCGUGCAGCGGGCCUACUCGCGGCUGGUGUUCCUGGCCCUGGGGGCCUAUCCAGGGGAGCUGGAGCUUGUGUCGCCGCCUGGCAUGGUGACCACCGAUGGCGGUGGCCAAGUUUCGGCCCUGGGCCCGGCCCCGGUGGCGGCCGGCGUGGCCGGCGGCUUCACCACCAGCAGCCCCCCUCGGACCCCGGUCACGGCCGAAGACUGGGCCCAGAUGACCGGCACGGCGCACCUGCCGUCCGAGUGGCUGGACCGGCGUCUGCCACGGGCCGCCGUCCGGGCUGGCUGGGUGGCCGGCAUGUGUCGCUGUGGCUCGGCCGUGCGUGGUGAUGUGGCCGGCUGCACAUGCCUGACGGCGGCCGAUGUGGCGGCCGCUGUCACCCAGGCCGAUCGGGUGUUCGAUGCGGUGUACGCGGCCAGCGGUUUGGCCGAUGUGGCCACCGCGCCAGGGGCCCCGCCGGCCGAGGAGGCCAUCGACCAGCUGGCCUGGGUGGACUACUUCGACGUCAGUGCCUCCAAGCUGGCCAUGCUGUCGGAUCUCUAUGCCAACCUGCUGCCGCCGGGUGACGGGGCCGACCAGGCGGCCCCUGGCGGCGGGGGGCCCCUGCUCCCGGGGUUGGACAUCUUUUCGGUGGCCGAGCUGGCCCGGGCCGAUGCGCGCCUGCACACCGUGGCGGCGGCGGCUCGCGCGGCGCGCGUCCGUCUCCUGGUGGAUGCCGAGCAGACCUACCUGCAGCCGGCCAUCGACCGGUCGGUGCGCAUUGCCCAGCGUGCCUUCAAUGGGUGGCUCCCGGCGCCGGAGGCAUCCGGCGACUUCCUGCCGGCCCAAUCGCUGGAUGUCACCCGGCAGCCAUUCAAUUCGUACUUCUCGCUGUCGAGCACGGUGAGCCUCGAGCCGGUGCCGGAUGCCACCCCCCCGGGGCGUCCGCUGCCCAGUGAGUCGGUCACUCCGGGGGCUUCGCUAUCUGGCCGGUACAAUGAGGAAGCCCUGAGUCGGGCGGAUUUGGAGCCGCGCGCCGACACCGAGGACCAUCUGGCCGCGACGGCGGUGGCCCCGAUGGUGGCCUCGGCCGGUGGAGCCGUCGACCCGGGGCUGGAUCUGGCCCGGGCGGAUGCUCCCUUUGCCACGGUCUUCAAUACGUACCAAUGCUACCUGACCGAUGCGCAGCACCGCCUCAGUCGGGAUCUGGUGCGGUCGGCGCGCGAGGCCACGGUCUUCGCGUGCAAGGUCGUCCGGGGGGCCUACCUCGAGCAGGAGUCCCGCCUGGCCGGCCACCGGGGCCAGCCGACUCCCACCCAUCCGACCAUCGAGUCCACCCAUCAGCACUAUGAUGCGGUGGUCCAGCAGCUGCUGGAAACCAAGGCCGCCCGGCGGGGGUUGGUCGCGCUGGCCGCCGGCCCCGGGGGCGGCCCGGUGCCGGAUCCGGCAUCCGAUGCCACCCUGUUGGCCCUGCGCCGGUAUCCGGAGGUGGAGUUCAUGGUUGCCUCGCACAAUGAGGCGUCCAUCCACCGGACGGCCGACCUGAUGCAGCGUCUGGGCAUUUCCGGAGCGCCGAACCUGGCCGCGGGGGAUGCUCAUGCGGCGGCGGCGGCGGCGGCGGCGGCGGCGGCAGCGGCAGCCGAUGACACCAGCCCGGAGGCAGUCAUGCGACGGAAGGAGCUUCUCAAUGGCCCACACACCGGCGUCUACUUUGGCCAGCUUCUUGGCAUGUGUGAUCACAUCUCCUUCACGCUCGGAGCUGAGGGCUAUGCCAUCUACAAGUACGUGCCCUAUGGGCCCAUUCGCUUGGUGCUGCCGUACUUGAUCCGCCGGGCCCAGGAGAAUACCGGCAUGAUCGGGUCCUCCAGCGCCAAGGAGCUGCGUCUCUGGCGCUCGGAGCUCCUGAACCGCGGAGCCCGGCUUCUUGGACUGUCGCCCAAGUAG